AUGAAAUUAUCUACAGUUUUAUUGUGUAUUUGUUUCUUUAUUUCUACUAUUUAUGCUGGUUGCACAAUUAAAGAGCCGUUCGGAACAACCAUAUGGACUGGAGGUCAAAAGGGGAAUAUCACAUGGCAAGAGGACAACAUCUCUCCAUUAUUGAGUCAAAUGGACUAUUUUGAGAUAUUCUUGAUGGUUGGUAAUCAUCAACAAGUAGUAACACUUGCCACUCAAAUUGAUGCUAAUGCCCUCGCAUUUAUGUGUACUAUUCCCGAGAAUGUUGGACCUGAAUCAGAUGUCUAUUUCAUUAAGAUCUGUAACGAUAAGAAUAAUUAUACAGCAUAUUCUCAUACGUUUAGUAUCGUAGGUGUUAAUGGCACUGUACAAGACUUUGAUCCAAAUAAUCCACAACAACCUACCACUACUGCCAAUUCUAAUAACACCUUGACCAGUAAUGCCAAUGCCAAUAAUGCAACUAAUACAACUACCACCUCGCCAGCUUCUUCGGCUCCUUUAGCACCAAGUAAUCCAGCACCCAAUAAACCAUCUGCUACAAGUAAUAGUUCUCCUGCCAAGAGUACUACCACGAAUGCGCCUAGCUCUACUACAAAGGCUUCAAACGCUAAUAGCUUAAUGGUUUAUCCAACGUUUGUUGGAUUAUCGUUAACCAUCAUUAAUUUCGCUUUAUCACGUGUGCUCUAA